CUUGUCCUCCUUUUUUGUCCUGUUUUUUUUUCUUCCUUUUGUUUUUUUUGUUUUCUUUUUUUUUUCUUCUUUUUUUUCUUUUUUUUUUUUCUUCCUCUUUGAUUAUUGUUUAAAUGGAUUUGAUCUUUUGCUGAUGACAAGUUUUUUUUCCUAGCAUGCGAUGGUUACUAAACUGUGAGCAAAAGGUGCUGCUGGGGCUGGGAGUCACUGGGAAUGAAAAAUGAUAAUAUUAAUAACACCAGUCCAGCAACAACUGAUGUACAUUUAAUAGCUAUAUAUCUAUAUAUGCAACUGGUUUUGUUGUGGCACGGAAAAGCAAUGGGAAAUAUGAUGCUUAUUUUUUAAAGAUAAGAGAAAAGGCAUGUUUCUAACUCUUUUUGCAGAGGAUUUUUUUCUGGUGUUGUUUUAUUUUUAUUUUUGGGUGUUUUUUAAGGGCUUUUUUUUUUUUUUUUUUUUUUUCUUAAGGAGAUGGGAAUUGCAAAUGCAUUUUACAGCAGUGUUUACACAGAGUUUGUAAUCUUGCAAUUCUGGUGGAAGCCACAGAGCAAGAUGUUAAUUUUAUUAUUUUUGUUACUGUUUCUUUUUAUUUUUCUUUUUUCUUUUUUUUUUUUUUUAACAGUGCAACCAGCAGGGUUUUUUGGUUUUCCUCUUCUUCAGUUUUUGAUGCCUGUUUAUAAUGUGAAACUUUUCUUGCAGCAUGUUGCAGUCAUCAUUUUUAAAUACUUUUUUUUCCUCCCUAAAGAUAACAAAGCAAAACAGAAAGCCAAAGAGAUGAUCCUUACUUUUGCACAUUUUGCACCUUCACUUUUUAUUCUUUUGCCAGCAGUGUUUUAUGAUGGUUAUUGUUAUCAUGAUGAUGAUGAUGAUAGAUAUAUACAUAUAUACAAAUAAAUACAUUUUCAAAUGAUGGCAGUGGAAGGUUUUCCUGGAGAAUGAAGUGCGGUUUGGUUUCCUUGUCAACGGAAGAUGAAGUGAACAACUGAACAUCUCCCCAGUGCAGGUUUAAAGCCAAGUGAUCCAACCAUGACUGGCAAAACACAGACCAGCAAUGUCACCAAUAAGAACGACCCAAAGUCCAUCAACUCCAGAGUCUUCAUUGGUAAUCUGAACACUGCUAUUGUCAAAAAAGGUGACAUUGAAGCAAUCUUUGCGAAGUACGGGAAGAUCGUGGGCUGCUCGGUGCACAAAGGUUAUGCCUUCGUACAGUACAUGAGCGAGAGGCACGCCAGGGCCGCAGUGGCAGGAGAGAAUGCCAGGAUCAUCGCUGGACAGCCACUAGAUAUCAACAUGGCAGGAGAACCAAAACCAUACAGACCAAAACCUGGCAACAAGCGGCCACUUUCAGCACUUUACAGACUUGAAUCAAAGGAGCCUUUCCUGUCCGUUGGUGGUUAUGUCUUUGAUUAUGAUUACUACAGAGAUGAUUUCUACAAUCGGUUGUUUGAUUACCAUGGCCGUGUCCCCCCACCGCCCCGUGCAGUGAUUCCACUCAAACGUCCUCGUGUGGCUGUGACAACAACUCGUAGAGGCAAAGGGGUUUUCUCCAUGAAGGGAGCAUCACGGUCCACUUCAAGUGGGGCUUCUUCCUCAGGAUCCAAAUCACCCACCCGUCUUCCCCUGCCCCUUAUGUGGAGUGAUACUGUCCUUGGAAGCGUCACUGGAAGAGGAAGAGAAAGAUCAGUGAAAUCAGAUGAGUUGCAAACAAUCAAGAAAGAAUUAACUCAAAUCAAAACAAAAAUUGACUCCUUGCUAGGGAGACUGGAAAAGAUUGAAAAGCAGCAAAAAGCUGAAGCAGAAAAGAAACAAAAGGAAGAUAAUGCUGAUUUGAUUCAAGAGGAAUGCAUAUCAGAGAAUGCAGAUAACUCUACGGAAGAGCCAAUUGAAGGAGGGCCAGAUGCAGAUGGGGAUGGAGAAGAUAUGACUGAUGGGAUAGAGGAGGAUUUUGAUGAGGAUGGCAGCAAUGAGCUGUUUCUACAGAUCAAGUGAUGAAAUGUCAUGUGUGAACCCCCUGAAGGCUGAGAAGAGAAACUCUGACUUCCUCACAGAAAAUUGUGAACUGCAGUUUCUUACUGGCUGACAACACCUUUGAUUCAAUUUGUAUGAAACUCAAUUUACUUAUUAAAAUGGACAUUAUUGUUCAGAUAUUAGAAACUCCAUUUCUUAUAUGUUCUAAGCUGUACAAUUGUCAGAUUUUUAUGGUUUAGAUUGUAAAUGUGGUUUUCUCUGGCUAAUUAUUGGUAUUAUUUUUUUAAUUUUGAUGUCUUAAAGGCCAGUGUACUGUAUCAUAAUAAUAUGAAGGACGUAUUUAACAGGUGUGGAAAACACUGUAUACAAAUGUAUAUUUCUAAAAGCUAUUUUUAUGAUUAGCACAUUUUACUGUUUUACCAUAUUUAGAGUCAGGUGAUAUUGCACUUCUUUGUUUACUGCUUAGUUCAAAUAAGACCAUUUUGAUCAAUGCCACAAUUAAAUACAUUGUAUGGUAUUUCCCAUUACUUUAUUCAAUUUAUUUGUCAUUGAAAAUAAUUACAUUUGGUAAUAGAAUACCUUCUAAAAAGUGAAUGGAAAAUAAGAGAGAAGUCCUUGAUAAACUGUAAAUUGCAUCCUCAUGUAAAUCCCCUUCUUCAGAUAAGCCCUCUCUGUGAUGCCAUUCAUCAGACAGUUCUUAUAGCUGUUCUUGCAAAUCUCUAAAGGCAGUUUGUUCCUACCAUAUGGAAAGCCAGUCAGCCUGCUGUCUAGCCAGGAAAAUUACUUAUAGCCUGCCAAUAUCUGACAGCCUGAGAUAGCCUACUUAUUACUUUUUGGGUUAUUUUCUGGCAGUAGUCUUUCCACCCACAAACUCCUAAGGCCCUCCUGAAAGCCUGAAAUUGGAAUAAUUAAUUACUACAGAUGUUGUAGGGGGAAUCUCAGUAUAGAAUUUCUUAAUAAAUCAUAUUUCCUUUCAAACAGAAUGGAUGCAUUAUUUCUCUUGUGUUACUGAGAUAUUAAAGGUAAAAAAGCAUAAGCACAAGGACUUCUUCCCCUAGAAAAAUACCAAGUUUUUCACCAUCCCAAAGUCAGACCUCUUUAGCAUUGCAGAUUACAUGAAACAAGGAAUAUGUAUUUAUUCAUCUAUAUCUUUAAGCGAGUGGUAAUCAUAUAGAAAGAGACAUGACUUUAAAGUGAUUGCAGGGUAAAUAAAUUAUUUAUUAGCUUCAGCCUCCCAAGAGGCAGAGGCAUUAAUUAAGGAAGUAUCUUACAAAGUCAAAUGGAGCACAGACCCAGUCUGCAGCAUUGAGCCCUGACCACUGAGCUCCAUGACCAGGCUACUUACUAUUUCAGAUCAUCCAGGACUACCAAGUUGCACUUUUGCCUUGCUCUUUCAAACAUUCUUUUUAAAAGAUCUAACUUUAUAUUUUUGUUUCAAAAAGCAGUUUAUGAGAUGACAGGUUCACCUCAAGUAGUGUGGGUGUAAGUGGGUGGGAGCUCAAGGUCUCGGGUCAGGUUUCUGGCAUGGGGACCAUCAAUAUAGAAGGACUGAUAUUUUUCAAAAACUUGGAAGAAAAGCAUACAUUUUAAUUUAAUUGUCUAUUAAUGAGUGAGAACCUUUUUCACUAGGUAGCUAUGUGACAUUGCACUCUCAGUUACAUUUGUGUACCUUAUAUUUAGUUUGUCUAUUGUGUGUGGAGUUACAUGGUUUUACGUAAGUGCUGAGUAGUACCCAGCUCCUUAAAUAAGGAAAGACUAGUAUAAGUAGUUACACCUGAGCAUAAAGAACUGCAGCUUCAGAAUUUAUCAGGGCUGACUCUCCUAGAACAUUGCAGCAAAAAGAUAUUACUCCAGUGAAAUGUUAGGUCAAAUCAGAGAAUGAAAUACUCCACUUUCUGUCUCUUAAUAUAGGUUAUGAACAUUUUUAACUGUAAAGAUGCAAAAGUAAUUGCCAUUUUGGAAUUUCUGUCUUUGGCUGAUAGUUAAAAAAAAACAAACAACAAAACGAUCUCCAUAAACUGUUGGCUGACUUAAAAGAUGCAGAAAAUCAUCCAAGGAGAUCAGUUCUGAUAUUGGUGUUAAUAAACUAGAUAUGAGAAACAUCUAGGUAUAUUGUCUCUUUACCACCUCCAUUCCAAAUAAGCUAACACUCACAGAAAACACUGAGACUUUUACACAUUCUUUACAAUCAUUCCCCUUACAGUAUGAACUCACAGAAAUAAUUGCACAUUCAUAAUGUUGUCACUGUUUCACAUCACAGUUUAAGUCCUGAGUAUAUUUUGAACACAAAAGUUACCUCUGGUAACACCAUGAGGCACUAUUUCAUUUGCAAGAUUGUUACCCCAUGCAGCCUAUUACUAGUAAGGUUUCUCAAUGGCAUGUUUGCUUAAAAUCACUCCAGAGGAUGCUGGUAGCUUUGACAGAGCUUAAUAGUUCUCUGCUGUCCAUGUAUGCUGGAUGCUCAGUGUUGUUUGCCAUCACCUGUUACUUGUUUGUCAUAAGUUUGUCAAUUGUGGGAUUUUUCAACAUUGCUCAUCCCUUGGAAUAUGGAAGAAUAGGAAAUAUAAAGGAUCAUGUCAAUCAGUUUGGACAGUCAACAGUCAUAAAAUCCUUUACAGAUAGUCCUGAAUCAAACCAAAUUCAUUUUCUACACAGAUCUAUAUGCUCUGUGUAUUUCAGAUAUUUGUUUCAAACAUGGGCAGCUGCAUGAAUGGAAAAUAUUUACUAAAAAGCUUUAAAGUUUGGAUCAAGAAAAAAUAUUUUUACUUUUGUAAACUCUUGUAUUACAUAUUAUUGCAAUUCCUAUUCGUUUUCUCUGUAGAGCCAUUUUUAGUUCUGAAAAAUCACUGCACUUAAACUAUGUAGAUAACUAUAAUCUUGUUAGCAGUCCUAUUUUUAAUUGGUGCCACUGCAAUUUAGAUUUUAAACAUUCAGAGUUUGCCCAUUAGAGCAGAUUGAUGAUUCAUUACAGUUUUCUUUAAAAUGUUGUAACAUAAUUUUUACAUGUCUGUAAAUAAAUAUUUUCUCUGGUUUAUGCACUA